CUUUUCUUAGUGCCUAAGGUGUCUGCAAGUGGAAAUCCAGAGGAAGACAGAGAGAAACUGAGUUCCUGACAAUGCAUUCACUAGAGAAAGUGACUUUUGAAGAUGUAGCUAUUGACUUCACCCAGGAAGAGUGGGCCAUGAUGGACACAUCCAAGAGAAAGCUGUACAGAGAUGUGAUGCUGGAAAAUAUCAGUCACCUGGUGCCCCUCGGGUACCAGAUAAGCAAAUCCUAUAUAAUUUUGCAGCUGGAGCAAGGAAAAGAGCUGUGGCGGGAAGGAAGAGAAUUUCUUCAAGACCAGAAUCCAGACAGGGAAAGUGCCCUUAAGAAAAAACACAUGAUAUCCAUGCAUCCUAUCAUCAGAAAAGAUGUAUCCACCAGUAUGACAAUGGAGAACUCUCUCAUUCUGGAGGAUCCUUUUGAAUGUAAUGAUUCGGGAGAAGAUUGCACUGACAGUUCCACAAUAACUCAGUGUUUGUUAACUCAUAGUGGAAAGAAACCCUGUGUCAGCAAACAGUGUGGAAAAUCCCUUCGUAAUCUUUUGUCCCCUAAACCACAUAGACAAAUUCAUACUAAAGGUAAAUCAUAUCAAUGUAAUCUAUGUGAAAAGGCCUAUACUAAUUGCUUUCACCUUAGACGGCACAAGAUGACUCACACUGGAGAGAGGCCAUAUGCAUGUCAUCUAUGUGGAAAAGCCUUCACUCAGUGUUAUCACCUUAGAAGACAUGAGAAAACUCACACGGGAGAGAGGCCAUAUUCAUGUCAUCUAUGUGGAAAAGCCUUCACUCAGUGUUCUCACCUUAGAAGACAUGAGAAAACUCACACGGGAGAGAGGCCAUAUAAGUGUCAUCAAUGUGGGAAAGCCUUUAUUCAAUCCUUUAACCUUCGAAGACAUGAGAGAACUCACCUUGAAAAAUGUUAUGAAUGUGAUAAAAGUGGGAAAGCCUUUAGUGAAAACUCUGGCUUUAGAGGAAACAAAAUAAUUUACACUGGAGAGAAACCACAUGCUUGCCUUCUAUGUGGGAAGGCCUUCAGUCUGUCUUCCGACCUUAGAUGACAUGAGAGAACAUGCACUGGAGAAAAGGCAUAUGAAUGCCAUUUAUGUGGGUAAGCCUUCAGUCAAUGUACUAAUCUUA